AGCAAUAUUGAACUCAAGAGUGAUUCAAUAGUCUUGCCACGCAAUCUCGUGCCCCAGCGGCAGCCAGACUCGGCUCGGUACACAUGUCGAAGAAGACCGCAGUAGGUAUCGAUUUGGGCACCACCUAUUCUUGCGUUGGAGUGUGGAAGAAUGACGGCGUCGAGAUCAUCGCUAACGAUCAGGGGAAUCGCACGACUCCGUCCUACGUCGCCUUCACAGACUCCGAGCGCCUGAUCGGGGACGCGGCCAAGAACCAGGUGGCCCGCAACCCAGAGAACACGGUCUUCGACGCGAAGCGGUUGAUCGGCCGCAAGUUCGCGGACCCGAUCGUGCAGGCGGACAUUAAGUUGUGGCCUUUCAAAGUCGAGGCAGGAACGGGCGACAAGCCGAUGAUCGUUGUGUCAGCAUCGGGUGAAGAGAAGAAGUUUCACCCCGAGGAGAUCUCCUCGAUGAUCUUGCUCAAGAUGAAGGAGACUGCCGAGGCUUACUUGGGGUCCAAGUGCAACGAUGCAGUCGUGACUGUCCCAGCCUACUUCAACGACUCCCAGCGCCAAGCUACGAAGGAUGCUGGGACGAUCUCUGGUAUGAACGUCCUUCGAAUUAUCAACGAGCCCACCGCGGCGGCGAUCGCGUACGGCCUGGACAAGAAGGGCAGCGGCGAGAAGAACAUCCUUAUCUACGACAUGGGCGGAGGCACCUUCGACGUUUCUCUGCUGACAAUCGAGGACGGUAUCUUCGAGGUGAAGGCCACAGCUGGAGACACACACCUGGGGGGCGAAGAUUUUGACAACCGCAUCGUGGACUUCUGCAUGCAGGACUUCAAGCGCAAGAACAGGGGCAAGGACCUCACAGGCAACAAUCGCGCUAUCCGCCGCUUGCGGACACAGUGCGAGCGCGCCAAGAGGACCCUUUCCUCUUCCACGCAGGCCACGAUCGAGAUUGACUCGCUCUUCGAUGGUAUCGACUUCUCCUGCUCGCUGUCCCGCGCCCGAUUUGAGGAGCUCAACAUGGAUUACUUCCGCAAUUCCAUGGGCCCCGUCGAGAAGUGCUUGCGCGACAGCGGCAUCGAUAAGCGGAACGUGCACGAGGUCGUUUUGGUUGGUGGUUCCACCCGCAUCCCAAAGGUGCAGGCCAUGAUCCAGGAGUUCUUCAACGGCAAGGAGCCUAACAGGUCUAUCAACCCAGAUGAGGCCGUGGCAUUCGGCGCCGCUGUGCAGGCUGCCAUCCUCACGGGCGAGGGCUCCUCGCAAGUUCAGGAUCUUCUGUUGCUCGACGUGACUCCGCUGUCGAUGGGCCUGGAGACCGCAGGCGGUGUGAUGACCAAGCUGAUCGAGCGGAACACCACGAUCCCCACCAAGAAGGGCCAAACGUUCACCACCUACGCCGAUAAUCAGCCGGGGGUGCUCAUCCAGGUGUUCGAGGGCGAGCGCGCAAUGACCAAGGACAACAACCUGCUGGGCAAGUUCCACCUCGAUGGCAUCCCGCCCGCCCCACGCGGCGUGCCGCAGAUCGAGGUGACGUUCGACAUCGACGCGAACGGCAUCUUGAACGUGAGCGCGCAGGACAAGUCCACUGGUAAGUCGAACCAGAUCACCAUCACGAACGAGAAGGGGCGGCUGUCCCAGGCGGAGAUCGACCGGAUGGUGCAGGAGGCGGAGAAGUAUCGCGCCGAGGACGAGACGGCCAAGCUCAAGAUCGAGGCGAAGAACGGGCUCGAGAACUAUUGCUUCACCAUGCGCAACACCCUGCAGGAGGAGAAGCUCAAGGAGAAGUUUGAGGACGGGGACAAGGAGAAGAUCGAGAAGGCGGUGCAGGAUGCCCUUGACUGGCUUGACAAGAACCAGCUGGCCGAGAAGGAUGAGUUCGAGGCUAAGCAGAAGGAGCUGGAGGGCAUCGUCAACCCCAUCAUGAUGAAGGUGUACCAGGCCGCCGGCGGCGGCGAAAUGCCCGAGGGUGGCAUGCCAGGCGGCGGCGGGAAUGCACCCGGCGGCGGCGCGGGGCCCACCGUGGAGGAGGUGGACUAAGCUAGCCCGCCCGUGCACCGCCCAUGUUCGACGCAGGUGGGGGGGAGGAGGAUCUUUCCAUGCGGAGGUGAGGGGGGCUGAGGAGGAGGAGGCUGAGGACGGCGUGCCUGGGCGCAGGCGCGGCGCGAGCGCCCACCCCGGUCUUCGAGCGCAGGCUGGGAUGCGCCGUGCAUCUUUUUGUUCGACCUGCUUGGCGCCUUCGGCUGCGGAGCAGGGCCGACCCCGCCUCGGCCGCGACCUGCCGGUUGGCCUUCCGACCGGCCAGCAGGGCUCGGCGCAUGUGCGGGGGGCCGUGGGCCACAGACUCACAGACCGCGGGCUUCGCCUUGCGGUGGCGCGAGCUUUGCCGGGGAGAGAUCGCAACAAGUUUAUACACAUCGCUUGUCGCCAUCACCUGCGCGAGGCGCAGAUAUAUCAACGAGGUGCCGAACUUGUUGAGGCGCCUCCCUUGGGCCUGGCAACAUGAUCACUGACGAGACUCGGUUACCGAAGACGCCAACGGGGAGUCACCGCCACCCUUUGCCUUUCUGGAAACGCCUAUGUGGCCAUACGCUGGGCCAACUUCUGG